AUGGUUCAUCAAGCAUGUAGAGUUGAAUCAGAUUUCACAACAAAGUGCAAGGAUUGCAAAUUGGAUAAUAUCUUGGCAUCACCCAUUGUUUUGUUGAACAAGUUCAGAUCUCAUGUUGUUGGGCUAUAUGUGCAAUCAUUUGGUUCUCAUGGGAAGUUGGACAAUGGCGGCACUGAGGAAGUGGAUCUACGAGGUAAAAACUCUACUCUUUCCAUGGUAAAGCAGUUCCAUGAAGCUUCUUCUUGGCUGAAAGCACAGGUGGUGAAGAGCAACGAGCGUAUCAGCAGUGGCAUUCAGAGGCUUGCAGUGGAUUGUCAGGUUGUCUACAAAAUUGAAUGGUUGCAAGGGACCAGGGACCCUGGUGGUUUCAAGCUCGACAAUGAUGAGAUCGGCUUGAGGACUACCGAUUGGGUUGAAUUGAGUACUAAUUGGUGUGUGAAUCAAGUGUUUGUCUACUGGGAUCAUGACAUAUAUAUUGAUGUACCAUUGGAGGUGGUCCAUCUAUCCGAUGAGUAUUGGAACCAUGUGGUAUCUCAUAUCAUCAAUGAGUAUCGCUGUGGUCGUACGCCGAACCCUGAUGUUCUUUGCAACACGAGAAUAAAGUUUGGGGCUUUCUUAGAAGCUAUUGAAAAAUUGGGAUUUGACUACAUAGCUUCAGGACAUUAUGCCCAUGUAAUCCAUCCUUCCGUUGAAAAUACGGAAGCGCCAUCAGUACUACAAUUAUCAAAGGAUAAGGUCAAGGAUCAGACCUAUUUCCUCUCGCAUCUAUCUCAAUCUCAGCUUAGAAGGCUUAUUUUCCCACUAGGAUGUAUUACAAAGGAUGAGGUGCGCAGACUGGCUGCUCAAAUGGGCCUUCCUAACCAAGGUAGAAAGGACUCACAAGGGAUGUGCUUUCUUGGAAAGGUCAAGUUUAGUGAGUUUGUUGAAAGACAUAUAAGAGAGAUGGAGGGGGUCAUACUGGAAGCUGAGUCUGGAGACUACCUAGGGAAACACCGUGGGUUUUGGUUCUAUACAAUUGGUCAGCGGCAAGGAUUGCGGCUUCCUGGAGGACCUUGGUACGUGGUUGAGAAAGAUGUUCAAAACAAUGUGGUUCUUGUAUCAAGGAAUUACUAUUCGCUGGAUAAAAGGAGGCGCGCAUUUCGUGUUGGAUCACUAAAUUGGUUUAACAAUUCUGGACCUGCAAACAACGAGCAACUUAAAUGCAAGGUGCGACAUAGCCCUGAAUUUCAUGGUUGCACUGUGACAAAAGAGCAUACAGGAGAAAAUGAUGUUUUGGUUGUGCAUCUGUCUGAAGACGACCAGGGCUUAGCAGCUGGUCAGUAUGCAGCGUUCUACUGUGAAAAUUCAUGCCUCGUAUCAGGCAUAAUUUUGGAUUCGUGGGACGAAAUGAGCUUCCCUGUUUGCUCAAGGGCACUCGAAAUUGCUAAACUGGAGGACAAGUUGAGCCUAGGGAAGCCAGUAAGAACUAGUCUGAUUGGCGCAUCUACGUCGCGUCUGUUUUUAUUUCAUUGUAUAGAGCAUGAUAAAAGAAGAUUAAAAAAAUUAAGUUCACAAAUUUUGUGCAUUUCAAUAUUUAUUUAUAAAUUUAUCAAUGUUUAACACAUUCAAUUAAUUAUAGAGAAAACAGUAAUGCUUUUAUGCAUGCACAUAGUUUUAACAUGUAGAUGAAAGUGAUACUAACCUAAAAAAAAUUGUUUCAUAUUUUUUUGAGUUUUAGAUAUUUUUCUUUGCAUUUUUAGAUUUUUUUUAGCCUAUU